UACUUUGGAGCAUCCUAACAUGGUGUGGGAAGUGAAGACAAAUCAAAUGCCUAAUGCAGUUCAGAAACUCCUUCUGGUAGUGGACAAGAGAGCUUCAGGGAUGAACGAGUCACUGGAGUUGCUGAAGUGUAAUGAAAACCUGCCCUCUUCUCCUGGAUACGCGUCCUGUGAUGAACACAUGGAACUUGAUGAUCUUCCUGAACUACAGGCUGUGCAGACAGAUUCUACCCCACCUGCAGUUUUUCAGCUUGGUGCUGAUGUUUCACAUCAGGAAUGUUCAAGGCCUUCAUGGAACCAACAUACCUCAAACAGCAAUUCAGAAAGUGCUUAUUCUUGUGAGAGUGAGGUGAACUGGUUGACAGAAUUAGCGAAUAUAGCCACAAGUCCCCAGAGUCCUUUGAUGCAGUGCUCUUUUUAUAACAGAUCAUCUCCUGUUCACAUAAUAGCUACAAGCAAAAGUUUACAUUCCUAUGCACGUCCACCACCAGGAUCCUCAAAGAGUGAUCCUAACUUCUCCAAGAAUGAUUUGGAUGAAACACCAGUCAGACAUGAAAGGGCGAAUAGUGAAUCAGAAUCUGGCAUUUUCUGCAUGUCAUCACUUUCAGAUGAUGAUGAUUUAGGAUGGUGCCAUUCCUGGCCCUCGACUGUUUGGCAUUGUUUUCUAAAAGGCUCUCGUUUGUGCUUUCAUAAAGGACGCAACAAAGAAUGGCAGGAUGUUGAAGAUUUUGCAAGAUCUGAAAGCAGUGGAAAGGAGGAAAAUCUCACAGUGAGUCCUUACAAGGGCUAUGGUUCUGAUGGUUUGAAGUUGAUUUCUCAUGAAGAAAGCAUUUCCUUUGGUGAGUCAGUGCUGAAGCUGACUUUUGAUCCUGGCACAGUGGAAGAUGGUUUGCUUACAGUGGAAUGCAGGCUCGAUCAUCCUUUUUAUGUUAAAAAUAAAGGUUGGUCAUCUUUUUAUCCAAGCUUGACUGUGGUACAGCAUGGCAUUCCAUGCUGUGAAAUGCAUCUUGGAGAUCUGUGUCUACCUCCUGGACACCCUGAUGCCAUUAACUUUGAUGAUUCAGGUGUUUUUGAUACAUUUAAAAGUUACGAUUUUACGCCAAUGGAUUCCUCUGCCGUGUAUGUGCUCAGCAGCAUGGCUCGCCAGCGUCGCGCUUCUCUGUCUUGCGGAGGCUCAAACAAUCAAGAUGCUGAGAGAUCUGAGUGCAACAGUAAAAACUGUGCGUCUGCUGCACCAUCGCAGCUUUCCUCCGGUUCUUUGUACAGCAAAGCUGGCAAAAGCCACAGCUCAGGGACUGCAAGUACUGUGAGUGCCACUUCUCCAAACAAGUGCAAAAGACCAAUGAAUGCCUUCAUGCUUUUUGCCAAAAAAUACAGAGUUGAGUAUACUCAGAUGUAUCCAGGGAAGGACAACAGAGCCAUAAGUGUGAUACUCGGUGACAGGUGGAAGAAAAUGAAAAAUGAAGAAAGACGGAUGUACACACUAGAAGCCAAGGCCUUGGCGGAAGAACAGAAACGUUUAAAUCCUGACUGUUGGAAACGAAAGCGAACAAAUUCUGGCUCACAACAGCAUUAAGCCAGAAUUUUCCUGUUAACUCUGUAUUUACCAAAUGGCUGUUGCUUUGAUGGCAAGAAGAUGCAAGAUCAAGGUCUUACUUUUUGUUGUGACUUUGUGUGACCAUAAAAUACUGGCACCGCCAAGUUGGAAAUGAUCUAAUAUGAGUACAGAUUUGCUUUUUACAAUAGAACAUAAGUAAGCUAAAACUAUCAACAUUGUAAACCAAAUUGCCUUAUUUUUUCUUCCAAACUUCAUAUAUGUAUCAGGUAAUAUAGGCUUGAAAAUGGAUAUCCUGUGGUGCUAAAGUACUUUAGAAAGAGGCGAAGGAGACGUGUAUAAAUGUUUAUUUUUAAAAGAAAAAUGUACAAAAAGGGGAAUUUUAAAAUACGUAACAGCUGUUUAUAUACCUUGAUUCUUAUUGCUGAUUAAUAUGUAUUGCACAACCAUAUUAUUGAUUACGAUGCUGGGGCCUGGGAUUUUCUGAAACAGCAAAACGUAUUAUGAGCCUCGAGCUUCCCGGCCUGCCCGGACGCCAGCAAGUUCCCGGGACGUGGUGGAGGGCGAGCGUAGUGUAACGUAGCACGGGAGUUGCUGCUUGGGUUGCCAUGUAUGCCAUUUGUA